AUGUCUGCGAGCACAGAACAAGAAGAUGCUCUUGUAACUUCCACUGAUCCUCUACAUCCUGCAAAUCUAAUAUCAGAACUAUGUGCAUCCUUCUACAGAUUGGGAUGGGUGACCGGUACUGGCGGUGGUAUCUGUAUCCGUACUGACGAUAAGGUGUACAUCGCCCCCUCAGGCGUACAGAAAGAACGCAUCGAGCCUUCGCAUAUAUUCGUCCUGCCUUAUCCCCAGGCAGAGCCGUCUCCACAUACCGAUAGGGUUUUCCUUCGUCGCCCCAAGUUGAACUUGAAAGAGUCUGCUUGCACCCCGCUUUUCUGGAAUGCUUUUACGGUUCGCAACGCUGGCUCGUGUAUACACACUCAUUCUCAGAACGCGGUGAUGGCAACGCUGCUCUGGGAGAAAGAGAAGAUGUUCAAAAUUUCUCAUCAAAUGAUCAAGGGCGUCCGAAUUGGCGGAAAUGGUCCGACCCUUUCGUACCUUGACACGCUUGAGGUACCAAUCAUCAACAAUACGCCUAACGAAGAAGACCUAAAGGACAGCAUGAGAGAGGCCAUGGAGAAGUAUCCCAGGGCCGCUGGUAUUCUCGUUUUACGGCACGGUAUUUAUGUGUGGGGCGAUGAUUGGCAGAAAGCAAAAACCCAAACAGAGUGCCUGGAUUACUUGUUGGAAAUAGGAGUCAAAAUGAAGUUAGCUGGUCUACCGACUGUACUUAAUGAAUAA